CCCUCCCUUCACUCUCCUCCUCUGCCUUACCCAGCACACUCGGCCAUCCAUGAGUGUGACCAACUCUUCUGCCUAUCGAUCGGAGCGUAGUUUCCACCAGACCUCGUCCUCAUCCUCUGGUAACCCAUACAUGGAGAAGAGCCGGGGAUUGUUUGCCGAGGACUUUGGCUCCUUCAUGAGGCCUGGGAGCGACGCCCUGGGCUUUUCCAGGGGAUCUGGAAAUAUAAAGACUCUUGGGGAUUCGUACCAGUUCACGGUUGACGUGCGAGACUUCUCCCCUGAAGAUGUCAUCGUCACCACAUCCAACAACCAGAUUGAAGUUCGUGCAGAGAAGUUGGCCCAGGAUGGUUCGGUCAUGAACACCUUCACACACAAGUGCCAGCUACCCGACGACGUGGACCCCACCUCAGUGACAUCAUCACUGGGCGCCGAGGGGACCCUAACAGUCACGGCACGCCGACACCCUGCCAAACACGAGCUCGUACAGACCUUCCGCACCGAGAUCAAGAUCUAGAGAUGGACCCGCUUGCCCAUCACAAGCCUCUACUUGUUUUGUGUUUUUAUGCUACUUCCUGUAUUUCCUGUCUUCACUUAAACCAUUCUACUUUAAACACUAAACAGAGAGCUGCCACUGUGCUCUAUAAAACAUGUGACGUUCUACCACCAUGACUGAAACUAUGCCUGUUGCUGCUCAUCUAUACUAUCUAUCUAUCUGUACAGCAGUGAUAGGUCACACUUGCAUGUAACAUAUUGAGACACAGUGGUUGGACAUGUACAGCAUUCUCUCUCUCUCUCUCUCUCUCUCUCUAUCUCAGACACACACACAUACAUAGCAAUUAACUGAUGAGUUCACCCCUCUACUCCUGUCCUCUAACACAGUUCUUUAAAUGAAGACUCACCUCAAUUGAUGGUUGCCAGGUUAAUAAUAACUUGUUGUAUAUUAUUAUU